UUAUUCUUGUCAUUUAUAUUGUGAAUAAAGUUUAUUUUGAUAAAAAGAUUCUGAUGUACAGUGUCUACUUUUCCCAUUAAAGUUUUCCCAAAGAAUAUAAUUCCUUUUGUAGUUCGUUCGUGUUAAAAUGAAAUGAACUUUCUGCUGCUUGGAGAAGUAAUGUUCCUCCACGGUGAUUUUGUUACAAAUGUAGCUGGUCGUAUUUACUUUAGAAAGGUAGGGAAUGUGUGAGGAGAGAAUGGAUGGGAGUGCUGCGAUGCCCUUUUCGGGCCUCCGUUCUGACACGUGAUGUCCGGAGCCAUGGAAGCGGAAGCGCACGGACGUUUCGGACAGGCGCUCCGCUGGCGGUCGGCCGGGAGAUGGUGAUUCAUGUUCUCGUACUGCUUCGGUUCUUUGGCUUUGCUCCCAUUCAGUGUCGCAGACAGAUUCAUUCUUUACCAUCACCAUCAUCACUGCCAGAUUCUGUUCUUCGGCCCGGCCAUCGCGUGUCAGAACGGACACCCAAAACAAAUCAAACCUGGCAGUGGCUGGACCGUAAUCGGGCAUAAGAGGGGUGACCGAUCCAGUGUCCCCUUCACAGUCACGUCAGCUCCGACCACCUGAAAGUGUUCGGAGGGGCUGAGGCGUGCGGCAACUACUGGCUAGAGCGGACUGCACUGCCAAGGUGAAACGGAAACUGCGACUGUGGGGAGGGUUCACGGCUCACCCUGCUGCUGCUGAUGUCCAAGCCGGAGGCAUCAACUGCGCCAUUCAUGAGGCUGGACGGUACCCCCAGAUGGGAACGGCGAAGGCAGCCCAGCUGCGAGACGCCUUUGGCACCCUCACAGGCGGAACACAGCCACAAGCCACCUGGACACGAUCGGACAGCUCCAAGACAGCAACAGGCAGUUGUUGAAAGACUAGCUUCACGAGCUCGACACUCACCAAGGAGACCACCACAUCCUCUUCCGCCAAGACUUACAAUACAACCUCCAGCCCCAGAACUGGGACCACCUGCACAGAGAUUUCCACCAGCGAGGCAACCUUCAUCAAGUCGAGGGGGAAUUCAGCUUACUCCAGGCAUUGGAGGGGUGCAGCAACAUUUUGUUGAUGAAGAUGACAGAAUGGUGCCCAGUACACCGACACUUGUUGUGUCCCACCGAUCAAAUGGGUUUGCAGAAGCCAUUCCUUCUCCCCAGGUUGCAGGAGUCCCUCGAUUUAGGUUUGGACCACCUGAAGAUAUGAAUCAAACUAGUUCAAGUCCAUCUGAUCUUGGGCAAUUGGCAUCACAAGGAGGUUUAAGAAUGUAUGAGACACCAAUUUAUCUUGCUGCUGUUCACGAAGAUGAAUCUGGAGGCCGCAGUGUACCGACCACACCGCUGCAAGUUCAUGCACCAGUGACUGUUCUCAGUGAGGGACCACAAACAGAUAUAACUGAGCAUGCCUCCCAGUCUGUUCCUAUGUUUGCAACAUCCACGAGCAAUCUGUCCAGCACAGUUGAAUCUGGAGGUGGUGAUGAUGGUGAUGAAGUGUUUAUUGAAGGAGCAGACCAAGAAGGGCUUAAUUCAGAUGUUAUGUUAGAAAUUGAAGGACAUCAGGAGGAAGAAUCUGCCCAGCCUUCAGACGAAGCUGAUAUUCCAUCCACUGGCCAGGAUCCUCCUCCUAGUUCAGCUGAUGCUGCCAUCACACAACUUAAACUUCUGAGAAGAGUACGACUUUAUCCACAGAUGGGGCGAAUUGCAGCUUGAGGACGACAAUUCAUUAGCCGAAGAGGU